AUAGCACAACUUCCGCCUAUAUCCGUGACAGCCGAAGUCAUUUUUGCGCCACCAGAAUUCCCUGAUUCUUCCAGAAAAGUGCCUCAAAAACUGUAAAAAUAUGGUCCGGGCAUGGUUUAUGGACACUGAGACGACUGACCAGCGUCUGGAGCACCAACGAAAUCCACCAGAAUUUGUCACCUUGGAGGAUUUGUAUGCAAAAACCGGAGUGGAAUAUUUCAAGAUCGAUGUAGACAAUCACCAGACAGAUGAUACCCUCCAGAAGGUCCGAAAAGACCGUGGAUAUAGCUAUGAAGACCAAAUAACUUGUUCCAAGGAAUGUCUUCCGGAUUAUGAGUCGAAGCUUAAAAAUUUCUUCACUGAACAUCUUCAUACGGAUGAAGAGAUAAGGCUGGUGAUGGAUGGAUCUGGAUAUUUUGAUGUCAGGGAUGGCGAGGAGAACUGGAUCCGUAUCGAAGUUGUAAAAGGGGAUAUGAUAAUCAUUCCAAGUGGGAUCUAUCACAGAUUUACUCUGGAUUCAAAGAAUUUCAUCACAGCGAAGAGAUAUUUUGUUGGAGAGCCUGUUUGGCUGCCUUACAAUCGUCCAGCUGAUGACAUGGAGUGCAGGAAGCAAUACGUGAAGAAGUUAUCCGAGGGCUUCAAAUAAAAGCUGAUUUUUUGAUACUCAUCAGUUGUUGGUUGGUAAUAAAUCUUCCAUUUUGUCUAA